UAUAUCAGAAUCACAUAUUAGCAAACUAUAAAGAAAUGAAGACUAAUGCAUCAAUGCACUAACUAUCAUAAUCGUUUAUUAGCUUGCCGAUAAGUAAAGAGGACUAAAGCAUCAGUGUACAAUCAUAAUCACAUAUUAUAGCUCAAUUUUAUUGACGGCUCGAAGACAAAGCCGUCUAUUUCUUAAAACAAAAUUUUGCAGCUACAAUCACAAUCUAAACAACAACAACAACAUAAGUAUAUAAUCUCACAAGUGGGGUUUGGAGAGAAUGGAGUGUACGCAAUCUCAACCGUACCUUGUGAAGGUAAAGAUAUUGUUUCAAAUAGAUACCUCGGCUCAAGUAAAACAUAUCAAAUGAGAAAUGGAAAGGGAACACAGCCACUAUUCAAAUUAAGAAUAGGAUGUUAGAAGCUCCGCGUAAAAAGACCAGCUCGAUCCAACAAUGAUGAAUCGAAAUGCAAAUUAAAUUUAACUGACAGUACAAAAAAUCUGCAGAUUAAAGGAAAUUUUUCUCAUAUGAUCUUUUCUCCUUCUAGUCCCUCUUCUAGUAUCACAAACAAACCAAACCUUAAGUUAGAUCUUUAAAAUGAUUUAAGACAAGAGUAAUGAGCCAUAAAAAGAUAGCUUUGAUCCAAAUAACUUUUCUCAUUCACGUAGGAUGAAAAACCAAACAAAAAACAAAAAAAGAAAAGUGAAGAGAAACCAUCCACUAGAUAGUGAAUGUAUGUACCAAAUCACUCAAAAAGAUGCUGGACCAAAACAUUUCAAAAUCAUAAUAUGGAUCCCACUUGUAAAGUUACGACUAUUUUCGUUUGUCAAGAAGUGGGGAAGCCUUAGCAGGUCCUAUUUCGAAAGUAUAAUGAUGGUUUGCAGAAUUUUGUGCCAUCAUAAGCUAUGAUUCAACCAGAGAAUGAGGCAGACAUACCAGUACACAUGAAGAUGCAGAUAACCAUGUGGUCAUUUUUCAUUCUUCUGACGGGGCUGCUUUCUAAAGAAACAACACAAGUUUCAGCAUUAAGAAUAUGGUCAUCAUCAGCAAAAUUAUCUUCACAAAGGCCUGGAUGCCCAGAAAGAUGUGGCAACGUAACCAUUCCUUUUCCAUUUGGACUAGGAAAAGGGUGUUACUUCAAUGAAGCAUUUAAAAUGAGCUGCGAUAACGACACUGCAUUUAGUCAUAAUAAUGGUAUGUAUGUGCAACACAUAUCAAUGGACUCCAUCACGGUGGAUAUUACUUUAGUUUCAAACCCGUACAACAAAUCAUCUGGAAUGAACAUUUACAGUGAUGAAAUUCUUCAAGGAACUGGCAACGAGUAUUUCAGUUUCUCCAACAAGAACAAGUUUGUAGCCAUUGGGUGUGACGUUUAUGCUAAUGUCAAAGAUUCAGACACUGGUAGCAGUGUCAGCGGAUGUGCUUCUUACUGUGACAACUCCACUAAUAAUGUUUCAUCCUAUUCAGCUUCAUCAUCAUAUUGCACUGGGAAUAACGGUUGUUGUCAGUCUGAAUUUUCAAAAAUAAUACCAAGCCAGUUCACUAUGACCAUACAAACGAUGAACACGGAGAACACAUCGUGGAGAUCUAGCAAUUGCACCUAUUACUUAAUCAUGGAAAAGGGCAGUUCCGAGUCUGACUUCACUGAGUUACGUGGUAAGUGCAAAGAAGAUGAUCAUUACCAAGGAAGGAUGGUGCUGGACUGGGUGAUUGGAAAUGUUAGUUGCGACAAAGCCAUGAGAAGGCCAAAAGAUUAUGCAUGUAGAAAUAACAGUAGGUGUGUCAAUGACACUUCUAGACCUGCUGGGGGGUACCGAUGUGAUUGCUCUCCUGGUUAUCAAGGCAACCCUUACCUCCUUCAUGGAUGCCAAGACAUCGACGAGUGUACAAGUCCAAAAAGGAAUCGUUGUCCCAAAAAUACUCUCUGUAUUAAUACUCCUGGCGGUUACCAUUGUGACUCAAAUAAUGUGAGACAUAUGCUAGCUAAACAACUCUCCAUAGGUAUUGGAGCAGCAAUUACUUUUGUAAUCCUGGUUGCAGUUUGUCUUUGGCUACACAAAUGGCUCCAGAAGAGGGAAGAAAAAAAAGCUAAACAGAAGUUUUUCAAGAGGAAUGGUGGAUUACUUUUGCGACAAUGUAUUUCCUUAAAUGGAGAAAGUAGUGGUGGAUCUUUGCCAAAGCUCUUUUUGAAGGAGGAGUUGGAGAAAGCAACAGACAAUUUCAAUGAAAUUCGAAUUCUUGGUAAAGGAGGAGCUGGGACUGUUUACAAAGGAAUGUUAUCCGAUGGAAGCAUUGUAGCUGUGAAGAAGUCCAAUGCAGUGGAUAAAGAUCAAAUUGAACAGUUUAUAAAUGAGAUACUCAUACUCUCGCAAAUAAAUCACAGACACAUUGUAAAGGUACUUGGUUGUUGCUUAGAAACUCAAGUCCCAUUAUUAGUUUAUGAGUACAUCUCGAAUGGAACCUUGUCAUCCCAUAUUCAUGGAAACCUCAGCCACAGUUCUAACCCUACUUUCUCAAAGUCUGAGUUGGAUGAUCAGAUUCUUCUGCACCCAGCAGUAAUAUUAUCGUGGGAUCAUCGGGUGCGAAUUGCUGCAGAAAUAGCAGGGGCACUAUCUUAUAUGCACUCAUGUGCUUCUACUCCCAUUCUUCACAGAGAUAUAAAAUCAAGCAACAUAUUACUAGACGAUAAUUUUAGAGCAGUGGUUUCUGAUUUUGGACUAUCGAGAUUGUUGUCUGUUGACAAGACUCAUUUAACAACAAUGGUAGGGGGUACAUUUGGUUACAUAGAUCCAGAAUACUUCCGCUCAGGUCAACUUACAGAAAAAUGUGAUGUCUAUGCCUUCGGUGUAAUUCUUGCAGAGCUUCUAACAAGUCAAAGAGUUGUCACUUCAAACCAACCAGAAGAUCCAGGUUUGGUUAUCCGUUUCACAUUAGCAUUGAAAGAAAAUCGUAUAAUUGAGAUUGUAGACCCUGAAAUUGUAAAAGAAGUUGAGGAUGAACAUAUGAUUCUUGCUGUGGCCAAACUUGCCAAGAGAUGCUUAAAUUUUAAUGCAAGGAGAAGGCCAUCCAUGAAGGAGAUGGCAGCUGAACUUGAACAACAAGUAAAAAUGAGGCAAGAUAUGCCUCAUACUGAGAGUUUUCAAGAUAUCAUUUCACGAAAAAGUGAAAGUUCAUGUAGUCAUACUUCUGAUUGUACAGAAGAAGAUCAUCAGAACUCAGUGUCUCGCAAUGAAAUGCAUUAUGACAGAAAGGGAAGUUUGUAACUUUUAUAACUUCAACUUUUAUCUUUUAUAAUUGUAAUGACGAAGUAAUUGCAUGUAUGGACACAUAAUCAAAUGACGAUUAACAUGAUUUACAUUAAUAUUCAAGUCGUAUAUAUGAUGAAAUUUUUUGUUAU